AUGUCUUCGGCGGACGACGCCGACGCGGCGGCGGCGGCGGAAGUGGACGCCGUCGCCUCCGCGGUCGCGGCCGUCGACGUCGCGGCGACGGACGACCGCGCCGCCCCUCCUCCCGCGACGACGACGACGAGUAAGAGGACCAUCUCGCGCGCGUCGUCGACGACGUCGACGAGCGCUUCGAGGCCGUCGAGCGCGGAGGAGGCUGCGGCCGCGCUGCUCGAGCUCGUCGUGCGCGGCGACCCGCUCAAGUCGCUCGAGCGCGCGGAGAAGAUGGCCGUCGCCGGCGCGCUCGCGUGCGUCGCCGUCGGCCUCGACGGCGACGCGCGCGCGGCGCGCGCGUUCCUUCGACUCGUGUCUACGAAGAUCCUCGAGCUCGACGACGACCGCGUCGCCGCGGUCGAGCCGCUGCUGACGCCCGCGCCGAGGACGGUGGCGGACCUCGCAACGCGGAUGAGCGACGCGUCGCGCUCGUUCGCGCGCGCGGUGGCGCCGGAGGCGGAGAGCGACGAGGAGCGCGCGACGCGAUGGCGCGAGAUCCUCGCCGCGGUGGUCUACGGCGUCGCCGCGGAGGAAGCCAGCGAGGGAUUGAGGCGCCGGCGGGACGCGGCGGCGUCCGACAUCUCCCUCUUCGUUCCCCCCGCGGCCGCGUCCGCGGCGGUUCGGAGACUCGCGAAGGUGGCGAACGUGGAGUGGGAGACGAUGCUCGCGCUGGAGGACGCGCUCGGGGCGUACUUGAAGGCAGCCGUGGAGGCGUCCGCGGCGGCGGCGGCGGCGGCGGAUGAAAAAACAAAAAACGAAAAAGGAAGAGGAGGAGGAACGUCGUGGUCGUCGUGGACGAAAAGAGAGGCGUCGCUCGGGGAUAACGUCACGCGAUGGACGUCCGUCGGCGCCGCGGCGGCCGUCGGCGGCGCGCUGCUGUUCAUCACCGGCGGCCUCGCCGCGCCGGCGUUGAUGGGAUCCAUCUCGGGACUCGCCGCGGCUGGCGGCGCGCUCGGCGCCGCCGCCGCCGCCGCGUCGACCGUCGUGGCCACCUUCGGCGGCGCCGCGGGGAUCACCGCGCUGUUCGGCGGCAUCGGCGCGGGGCUCACGGGGUGGAGGAUGGCGCGCCGGACGUCGGGGUUGACGCAGUUUUCGUUCCUGCCGCUGCGGAACGAGGGGGUCGGCAUGAGCGUGUACCUGUUCGUUCCGGGGUUCACGAGAGAUCCCGCGGAUCUCUUCCGCGCGUGGGGGGUCUCCGACGGCGUGUACUCCGCGGUGCUCGACCGCGACGACGUGCUGAAGUCGGGUGAAGGCGGCGGAGGCGGUGAUGGCGGCGCUGACGCGUCGGAAGAAAUAUCUUCCGACGUGGCAGCCUCUGAUUCGUCGUCGGCGACGUCGUUCGAUUGCGGCCGAUGCGGAAUGACGCUCGCGAGGGACGCGACCACGGGCGACGUCGUCGUCGUCCGCGCGACGCGCGGCGGCGCGGCCGCCAACGCGGGUGUCGCCCCCGGGUCCGUGCUCGUCGCCCUGGCCGUCGGGACCGCCGCGGACGCGAAAGUUCGACUCGCGACGGCGGAGGAAGAGCGCGAAGGCGCCGCCGUUGGCGGGGACUCGGUGAUUUCCCUCGACUACGCCGCCGAGCUCCUCCGCGACGGGAACCCUAAAUCCAGCGAUGAUAAUACCCCUAGCACCCCCACCCCAGACGCAGCAUCGGAACCCGAGGAAGACCCGGACCGCGUCGAGUUGUGGCUGCGGCGCAACUUACGCGCGAGCGCAAACGCGGAGGCUGGUCCCGGCGCGUUGAGCGGCGCGCUCCCGGAGAUUCAACUCUGGGACGGCGUCGUCGCCGCGACGAAAGUUUUGGAGACGCCGAGAUCCGCGGACGAAGAAGCCGCCGCCGCCGCGGAGCUGCAGCGGCAAUGGCCGCUGAAGCACGGGGAGCAGCACGUCGUCGCGUGGGAGCACGCGGCGCUGAGCGACCUCGGGAGGCACCUCGCGAGUUUCGGGAAGGAGCACGUCGCGGGAUACGCCGCGAAGGGCAUCGUCGCGCAGACCGCGUUCGCGUCGAUCGCCGCCGCGGUGGCGUGGCCCGUCGCGUUGUUAAACACCGCGUCGUUCAUCGACUCGCCGUGGUCGGUGGUGGAAUCUCGAGCCGCGGACGCGGGAAUCGAGCUCGCGAACGCGCUCCUGAGACGCCAGCAAGGGAAUCGCCCGGUGACGUUGGUCGGGUACAGCCUCGGGUGCGUCGUCAUCGCGAAAGCCGCGGAGAUCUUAUGCGGACGGAACGAAUACGACGACGACAGCGGCGGCGGAAACGGCGGAAACGGCGGAAACCGCGAAGAAGAAGAAGAAGAAGAUGAUAAGACCGCCAAAACCGCCGGCGGCCGCGGCCGCGGUCUGAUCCGCGACGUCGUCCUCGUCGGCUGCACGUUCGGCACGAGCGGCCCGGAGUGGAAACACCUGCGCGAGGCCACGAGCGGGCGGGUCGUGAACGCGUACCUCGGCGACGACCGCGAUUGGAUGUUACGGUUCGUUCGGAGGGCGUCCAGCCUCGCCGUGACGGAGGGGCUCGCGGCGUGGAGCGAGGUGAAGCGCGACGGGAUCGAGAACGUGGAGGUUGGGGGGGUGUGCGGGGGGGGGCUGGUGGAGAUCCCGGACGAUAUGCCGAAGAUACUGCGGGCCGUGGGGUUGGAGUGA